GCCCGGGCACAGCUCCCCGGGGCCGGAGAUCCCGCCCGGGACCGGAGAGCCCCGAGCGGCCCCCGCCGCGCCUCGGGACCCCCGGCCUGGCCGGGGCAGCGGGGGAGCAGCAGCCGCCGCCCAGGGAGCCCCAAGCGGGGUGAGCAGGGCCGAGGUGAAGCCAAUGGACAAGGAAGAGGAAAAAGCUGCCAGUGAGGAGAAAGAUCACAUCCCCCCAGAAAAUGAGAGAAGCGGUACAGACAAAUGCCUUCCAGAGGCCAAGGAAAAAGAGAAAGAAACCAAGCAUUUCAUCAGAAAUAUCCUGUGGACCACAGCCAAGAACUUCACAGUGGAGAGAGGAUGGCAGCAAAUUGAAGAACUCAUUUCUCACCACUCUCAAAUCAGCUCUACUAGACAGAGGGAGUCUCAGUGUGAUGCAUUUAUUCAACAGACAUGGGACAUUCACGAGAGCUGGCUUCACCACUCAGAAUUUCUCAAGGAAGAAGAACUGAAGGACAGCAAGAGGUACCAUUACAGAGCUUGCUGGGGCAUCCCAACACGCAGAAAACCCAUCCCACAAGCAACAGCUAGUGUCUACUUUGUUAUAGUGAUCUCCAAAUUCAGACCUGACACCGCACCUGUGGAGGUCUUCUACAGGCUGGAGUCCAGCAGGCUGAUACGGAGGCCAGAACAGUGUCAGUUUAGAGAAAAGUGGCUUAAGGACAUAAUUGAAAAUAAAAUAGCGUGCACAGAAAGACUUGCUUUCCGAUGAACAGCUCCAAUUCACCAUCACCAAUACUCUGUUGUGGAGAACCAAAUAAACACAAUGAAGAAAGAAAGGCUCUUUCUUAGAAGCAUUUCUACUUUGUGGAUACAUAAAAAGCAUUGAACCUGUGCAAAAUCAGCUAUGCCCUGACAUGGCAGCUGGCUGUGUGUGACAGUCCCUGGCAGGUAUGGGUGGGGACAGCACAAUGGAACCAGGUUCCAGAAUCUAAAUGGGAAGAGGCAGCUGGGCAGGAUUUGCUGUUUGGGAAUGCCAGGUCUGUGGAACUCCAGGGAAAACAUUAUAGGACUUUAGGACUUUUAUUUUCUUGAUACAAAUAUACAAGACAUGUCUGCUGCUAAACUUAGAGGAACCCAAAAAAAAAAAAAAAAGAAGGUAGGAGAACAAAAAAGAAACAACCCACCUCUCAAAACCAUUUUGUUUUCAAAAACAUUUGAGAAAAACAAGUUCCAGGGGUAUGUCUGGAAAUAUGCAGUUGAAUCAGAGAUAAUCACCAAAUAAGCACUGCCUCAUCAAGGCCUCCAAGCAGAGUUUAAAGCAAGCCAUGUAGUACUGCUGAAACAGACCAAAGUAAAAUACUACAGGAGUUAAAACAAGGGUUUAA